AUGUGGGUACAGGGUUUACCAUUCAAUAUAUCGUUCUUUAUGUGGAAAGUGUGGAGGGCAAAAUUACCUCUAGAUGACUAUUUGAAGAGAGUGGGAUACUCCAUGCCUUCACGCUGCUGGUGCUGUGUGCAACCAGAGGAAGAAACCUUAGCAUAUCUGUUUUUUUCCUCUUUCGCACCGAACAAAGUUUGGUCCUAUUUCCUAAGGAAUUCUGGAAUAAAUCUGGACGGUAUGUCAAUGCACCAGGCAAUCGUGAAGUGUUGUACAAUCAGAGUUGUACCAAGAUUGAAGCCGAUUUUUCAAGCACUUCCUUCGAUCAUUUUGUGGGAGCUGUGGAAGAGAAGAAACAUCUACAAACAUGGUGAAGCUGUAACGAUAAGAAGGGUGAUAUAUCAAGUAUCCACAGCCAUUCAAUCGCUUGUCAGAUUAAGGAAACCUGGCUUGGUUAACGUUCCUCAAAUUUGGCCAAAUCUGCUGCACAUGAUGGUACACUACACACCACCAUUGAAGGUGACUAAAGUUCUAUGGGAAAUUNCAAAUCUGCUGCACAUGAUGGAACACUACACACCACCAUUGAAGGUUACUAAAGUUCUAUGGGAAAUUCCACCACAAGGAUGGAUCAAAGUCAAUUGUGAUGGGGCAUCGAGAGGAAAUCCGGGCAGGAGCUCAAUUGGAUAUGCACUUCGAGAUGAUGAAGGUAACAUAAAGUAUGCUUGUGGAAAGUUGAUACAUGACACUACAAACAAUGUGGCAGAGGCUUUGGCAAUUGUUGAAGCACUAAAAUAUUGUGAAGAGAAAGGAUUCGCACAAGUUAUUUUGCAAACUGACUCGCUCCUCUUGAAGAAUGCCAUAGAAGGAAUUUGGGUUGUACCUUGUGUAAUUGCAGAAUAUGUAGAAGAUAUCGUACAUGUAAUGACUAGAAUGCAUGUGAAUCUGUCACAUAUUAUGAGAGAGGGGAAUUGCUUGGCUGACCAUUUAGCGAAUCAUGCGAUCGACAUAGGCAACAUCCAAGCACACUGCUUUCAAGAACUGGAUAUAAAAGGCAGGAAAAUUGUCAACAAUGACAAAUUACAAUGUCCAUACCUAAGAGUUAAAGUUGCAAGAUUUUAA